AGGACUUGGUGAUGAGAAUUAUUUCUUUCUCCCAAGAGGGAUCGCGGGCUAUCUGUAUUGUUUCUGCGGUUGGCUUAAUUUCAAAUGUAACAUUUCGACAAUCUGAUUCCUCAGGUGGUACGGCAACGUAUGAGGGGCGGUUCGAAAUUCUCUCCCUCUCCGGAUCCUUUUUGCCUAUAGAUGUUGGGGAAUCCCAGGUCGGUAGGUGUGGUGGAAUGAGUGUGUCUUUGGCAAGCCCCGAUGGCCGGGUGAUUGGGGGGAUGCUUGCAGGACUGCUUAUUGCUGCAAGUCCUGUGCAGGUUGUCGUGGCCAGUUUUCUGCCAAUCAGCCGCCCAGAGCUAAAACCCAAGAAGGUGAAAACGGAACUCAAGCAGACAACAGCUACAACAGCCCCUUCUGCCACCCCUCACACUUCAAAUGUGGACCAGAGUAGCUUCAAUGCCAAUGAAUUUAGCAGUUCUACAGCUGAAAAUCAAGACAUCGAGACUUUCGCUAAUCUCCAGACACUUAGCUGGGCAACUACGCCAACCGUACAAGACUCGACAAAGUCGGCAACAAUCAACACAGCUUUGCUGGGAGAUUUAUCUGAGGCUCCUGGAGCUACACAUUUUAGUUUGAAUUUGUAACUUAAUUGGCUAUUAGUUAGCAUAUGAUUGCUUACUAUCCUCUGAAACAGCUUAUUGAUUUGGUUUUUCAUUUUCUAUCUGCCCCUCACCCCACAGAAAACUUCCCAAAAGUUUGUCAGGCAGGAAAUUUGAAUGUUUGCCUGGUUAUGUAGGUUUUCAUCCCUUGUUAGGAGUAGGACCAUUGGAUUUUAAUGACCACCUUGCCUUUCACUUUUCAGGAAUAUAUGUCAUCUUUUCUAGAAAUAUUUGACUGCCCUGUAAAUGGGGCACUUGAC